CCCUGGAUUGGUUGCGCAGGCGCAGGGAAGCAUCCGUUUUGGCGGGCGGUUGGCAUUGCGCAGAAGGCGGCGGUAGCGGUGGCUUGUGGUGCCGCUUUACCACAGAGGAACCGUGCAGGCCUUAGUGUGAGUGAUCACUUUAGAUCCUGGGGAAGGCCAUAGCCACAAUGCUUAACUGCAUGCUUCCAACAUGGGGCUGGUUUUAACCCAGCGCUCUGACCUAAAGUGCUCAGCUCCCGGAAAUUCCAAGGAACCUGGUGGCCGUACUUCUUCAAGUGGAUCAACACGAACACGACAUGGGAAAGAAGACCAAGAGGACAGCCGACAGCUCUUCUUCAGAGGAUGAGGAGGAAUAUGUGGUGGAGAAGGUGUUGGACAGGCGCAUGGUUAAGGGGCAAGUGGAAUAUCUGUUGAAGUGGAAAGGCUUUUCUGAGGAGCACAAUACUUGGGAACCUGAGAAGAACUUGGAUUGUCCUGAACUAAUUUCUGAGUUUAUGAAAAAGUAUAAGAAGAUGAAGGAGGGUGAAAACAACAAGCCCAGGGAGAAGUCAGAAGGAAACAAGAGGAAAUCCAGUUUCUCCAACAGUGCUGAUGAUAUUAAAUCUAAAAAAAAAAGAGAGCAAAGCAAUGAUAUCGCUCGGGGCUUUGAGAGAGGACUGGAACCAGAAAAGAUCAUUGGGGCAACAGAUUCCUGUGGUGAUUUAAUGUUCUUAAUGAAAUGGAAAGACACAGAUGAAGCUGACCUGGUUCUUGCAAAAGAAGCUAAUGUGAAAUGUCCACAAAUUGUGAUAGCAUUUUAUGAAGAGAGACUGACGUGGCAUGCAUAUCCAGAGGAUGCGGAAAACAAAGAAAAAGAAAGUGCAAAGAGCUAAAGGA